AUGAAUGUUGAGGACAUGAAGCCCUGGAUUAGCUGGUUGCAAUGGAUCAGCAUCACCCGGCACAGCCUUGGCCCUAUGACAGCAUCACAAACCGAAAACUUGGAGUUUUGUGGAACCAGGACAUUUGAGUUGAACAACAACACGUACAAGAGCCAGUACACGUGCGAGAAUGGGGUUGACAUUCUUAAACAGCAAGGUAUUGGCCAUGACGCCGAAGAUCUAUGGCUCAGCGUGGUGAUUCUUUUCAUCAUUAUAGUAGUAACUUUCUCAGCUACUUUCACAAAAAUUAUCUUCACGAAGAAGCAGAAAUGA